UAUACAUAAAUAAAACUCAUUUAGUAUCACACCCACAACAGCAAGGGCUCUUGGUUUUCCCUUGUUCUUGGAUAUCCUCUCUCCUCAUCCAGGAAAAUUAUUCCAUUUUUGCUUGCUGCUGGAAGAAGAAGCUUGUGUGCCUCCUGGUGUUUUAUGCAUCAAGAAGUUGGGGAUAUAUAAUUCAAUUAUGUUAAUGAGCUUCUGAUGUGCACAUAAGAAGCAAAUAAGGAGAAAGAAUCAAUCAUGAAGUUUAUGAAACUUGGAUCUCGGCCAGAUACUUUCUACACUACUGAGGCCGUAAGGCCAGUCUCCUCUGAAGUUUCAAGUGAUCUUAUAAUUCAAGUGAAGGGAAGCAGAUAUUUGCUUCACAAGUUUCCUCUUUUGUCCAAGUGUUUGCGGCUGCAGAGGCUGUGCUCUGAAUAUCAAGAAGCUUCACAACACCAAAUAAUCCAGCUCCAUGAUUUUCCCAGUGGGGUUGAGGCAUUUGAGCUCUGUGCAAAAUUCUGCUAUGGCAUCACAAUCACCCUCAGUGCCUACAACAUUGUAGCUUCUCGAUGCGCCGCGGAGUACUUACAGAUGACUGAGGAUGUUGAGAAGGGCAACCUUAUUUAUAAGCUUGAGGUUUUCUUCAACUCUUGCAUCCUCCAAGGGUGGAGAGACUCAAUUGCCACUCUGCAAAGCACAAAGGCUUUUCCUUUGUGGUCAGAGGACCUUGGAAUCACAAGCAGAUGCAUUGAGGCAAUUGCUUCCAAAGUCCUAACACACCCUUCAAAGGUUAGCUUGUCGCAUAGUUACUCCAGGAGGGGUAGAGAUGACAUGUCCUGCAAUGGUGCAGAGAGCCUGAGGCAUAAUAAGCCUGCAAACAGAGGAUGGUGGGCUGAAGACAUAGCAGAAUUGGGCAUAGACCUCUAUUGGAGAACCAUGAUAGCUAUUAAAUCUGGUGGGAAAAUGCCGUCUCAUCUGAUUGGAGAUGCAUUGAAAAUCUAUGCAGCUAAAUGGUUGCCCAACAUUUCAAAAAAUGGAUGUGACCAUAAACAAGCAGCAUCUGAUUCAGAUUCAGACUCUGCCAAUGAUUUAACUUCAAAGCAUAGGUUGAUCUUGGAAUCAAUUGUAAGCUUAGUUCCAGUGGAGAAAGGUGCUGCAUCUACUAGUUUUCUGCUUAAACUCUUGAAGGCAGCCAAUAUUCUUAAUGCUUCUUCCUCUUCAAAAAUGGAAUUGGCUAGAAGAGUUGGACUUCAAUUAGAGGAUGCAACCGUCAGUGACUUGAUAAUACCCUCUGUGUCAUAUGAAACCGACACUCGAUAUGAUGUAGACAUAGUUAUGACCAUUUUGGAGCAGUUCUUGUUGCAGGGGCAGAGCCCCCCAACUAGCCCUCCAAGGUCCAAGCUUGGUUUUGAAAGGAGAAGGUCUCGGUCAGCAGAGAACAUUGAUUUUGAGUUUCAGGAGAGUCGAAGAUCAUCUUCAGCAGCACAUAGCUCAAAGCUGAAGGUGGCAAAGCUUAUGGAUGUGUAUCUUCAGGAAAUUGGCAGGGAUGUCAAUUUGUCUCUGUCAAAGUUCAUUGCAAUUGCUGAGGCAAUACCAGAGUUUGCAAGGCUUGACCACGAUGAUCUCUACAGGGCAAUUGACAUUUAUCUCAAGGCACAUCCAGACCUCAACAAGAGUGAAAGGAAAAGGCUGUGUCGAAUUCUAGACUGCAAAAAGCUCUCAAUGGAGGCCUGCAUGCAUGCUGCACAAAAUGAGCUACUCCCACUACGGGUAGUGGUCCAAGUUCUGUUCUUUGAGCAAGCUCGAGCUGCCAUGGCUGGUGGCAAAGUGACCGAGCUGCCUAGCAACAUAAGGGCACUUCUAGCCACACAUAACAUUGACCCAUCAAGGCCUCCAGCCCCUUUAAGCACCUCUAGCCUUAUGCCAGCAGAUGACCAAUGGAGUGUCUCAGGCCUCAAGUCUCCCAGGUCCAAGAUGUCUACUUUACGAAUGAAGCUCGCCGAAGAUGAUGAUUUGGAUGAAAAUGAUUUGAACCCAGAUGGAAUUGGGAGAAGUUCAAAGCUCAAAGCUCUUUGCUUGCUUCCUGCAAGACCCAAAAGAAUGUUCAGUAAGUUGUGGUCCACCAACAGAAGUACAACCAGUGAAAAGAAUUGAGUGGUUUUUGUUUAAUUUGAUCCACUUGGGUUUGGUUAAUCCAACGAGUAACAUAUUAUACUACGCUUUUUUCCCUCAUUCCUUGUAACUCACUAGGAACCAAAAUUAAGAAUCCCCAAUGUGCAUUAAUGUUCAUGUAAUCUUUUUAUAAUAAGAAAGAAGAUUUUCAGGACAUGAUCAAGUGCAAAAUCCUUUAGCCUCUAGGUGAAUCUCUAUUAGUUGUAGAUGACCAUUGUGGGACCAGAUUUGUGUUCUUUGUCCACAAAUCUGCAAUACCUGUCCUUGUCUCCUUGCUGCACCUCCUUGGAUCCUCACCUGCUAAUCAAAUUUUAUUCUUGGGAGUUCAUGUACCUGACAUA